AUGCUGCUGCUCGCCUCCACUGCUGCACACUCGUCGUUCGUCGCGCAGUCGGCACAUCUGACGCAGCACCACCGCGUCGCCUCAGCGCCGUCGUGCACCGCCGUGUUGGACGCUCCCUACCGCGAGGCCGAGUACGACCCCGAGGCGGCCGACCGCUUGGCGUACAGGCAGAUCGCCUUCCUCAGCGCAGGUUUCGUGGGCAAGGUGCUCGCUGACAAGCAGCUCGGCCGCGAGGAGGCGAUGGUGGACCGCCGUUCGGAGGAGUUGCUGCAGCUGGUCACGCGGCUGGGAGUCACUGCGAUCAAGGUUGGGCAGGUGCUGAGCAUCCGCCCCGACCUUCUUCCGGCGCCCUACGCCAAGGGCCUCGAGAAGCUGCAGGACAGCGUCCAGCCCUUCCCGGCGGCGCUCGGCCGCGAGAUCAUCGAGCGAGAGCUCUCGAUCCGGAUCGAGGACGUCUUCUCGGCCUUCUCGGCCGAGCCGGUGGCGGCGGCCUCCAUCGGUCAGGUCUACAGGGGCACGCUGCGUGCGAGCGGCGAGGAGGUCGCCAUCAAGGUGCAGCGGCCGAGCGUGCUGCACGACGUGGCGCUCGACCUCUUCAUGCUGCGCUUCUUUGCGCCGGCGUACCAGGAGGCGAACGACGUCAACACGGACGUGGUCGGCCUCGUCGACGCGUGGGGGACCGGGUUCGUCAACGAGCUCGACUACACCAUGGAGGCGGCGGCGACGGCCGAGUUCGCAGAGGCGAUGGCGGCGCGCGGCCUCGGCUCGGUCACCUCCCCCGAGGUGGUCCCCUCCCUCUCGUCGACGCACGUCCUCACGACCAAGUGGG